CAAAACGAUACAGGAAAAUGGCGACGUUUUAUUUUUCAAUAUAUUUGGAAGAGUGAAUAAUAAUAAUAAUAAGGUUUUAAAAAACCACAUGGCUAAUCACUAUGAAGUGCCCAACUGGGCUGGGAAACCUCCAGUUGGUCUCCAUUUAGACGUUUUAAAAGGCGAUAAGCUAAUACAGAAACUAAUGAUCGAUGAGAAAAAAUGCUACCUUUUCGGGCGAAACUCUCAAAUGAACGAUUUUUGUAUUGAUCAUGCUUCUUGUUCUAGGGUACAUGCUGCCUUCGUAUGGCACAAACACUUGAAUAGGGCCUUUUUAGUUGAUCUUGGAAGCACACAUGGUACUUUCAUAGGAACCUUACGUUUGGAAGGUUACAAACCCACUCAAUUGCCUAUCGAUUCUGGUUUUCAUUUCGGUGCUUCAACUAGAAAUUACAUUAUUAGAGAGAGACCUCAGACUGGGAUCAGGCCAAUCAUAGAUGAAAUUGAAAAAGCUGGAGAUGAUUCUGACGGUGGAUUAUUGGGAUUGCCUGAGACCGAAACUGAAUUGGAUAACUUAACGGAAUUUAACACGGCCCACAAUCGACGAAUAUCGAUGUUGGGCAUAACGGACGAUUCAGAUAAACGAGCGUCGCGCAAACGCAAACGACACUGCGUCUCCUUCAACGAAGACGAAGAAGUCAUAAAUCCAGAAGACAUAGACCCGAGCAUCGGUCGCUUCCGUAACCUAAUCCAAACCACCAUCGUCCCCACGUCGGCGAAACGAGCGAAAAUAGCCGAAAGUAUCGGUAUAAGUCCCUCUGAAUUUAGACAGCCCAAAGUAACCCAUCACCAGCACUCCGUAGCCCAAGAUUUGUACAAUGAUUUGCCACCGGAGUCGCAUCCAUCGAGUUUGGGCAUUUAUAGUUCGUUGAAUUCUCGAUUGGGCAUGGUGUUGCCAAAUCCAGCGCCCGAGGUCGAUAUGGGACAAUCGUUCGCGAAUCCCACGCCGUUCGUGCCUCAGCAAGUUCAAUCGAGCGAGUCGAUGGAACCGAAGAAGAAGAAGUACGCAAAGGAGGCCUGGCCCGGGAAGAAAUCUGUUCAAACGUUGUUGGUAUAAUUUGGGUUUGUUGAUAUCGGGAAGAGGGUAUUUAAGUUGUUAAAUUAUUUUCUAUUCUGAUGUUUAAAAUAAUAAUAUGAUUGUAAUGCUGUAUUUGGAAAAACCAUGAAGAAUGUAAAAAUGAGUCGUAUGAUAAAUGUUGGGAAACGUUGAGAAAUGGUUAAAAAAACUGAAACACAUUGGUGAUGCAUGCAAAAAAUGAAUAGUCGUAACUGUCAUAUUGAGAUACAAUUUUGGGUCAAUUAUCUUAAUUAUUUAGUAGUUUUUGUUUAUAUAUUUAUAUACCAAAGAUUUAAAUUUAAUUUGGCCAUCAAUCUCAAAAUUUUUAAUUUUUUUUAUAUCAUAAUUGACAAGACUUUGAACAAUUUAUUUAAUGGAAAUAUUAAAAAUGUAUAUAUACCAAAUUUAAGAUUUUAAAUGGAAUGACAAAAAACUUGUUUAAUAAAAGAAAUGCUAUUAAAUUAAAUUGUUUGAGGUGGUUGUUUUUAAUAUAUUCUCUUUCCGAUAUUGAGCAGCAAAAAAAUUAUGCCAGUGGCGGAGGGUGAAAAAAAAAGUCGUUGGUGAAGAUAUUUUUUUGUAUUUGGUUCUUUUUAUCCCUGUUUUUAUUUAGAUUGUAAAUGAAAUUAUUUAUAAGUUCAUCUUAAGAUAUUUACAAAAUAUUUUUUUUUUCUUUACUUUGUAGUUUUAUUUCAAAGGAG